AUGCCUUGCUUCGCAGAAAACUGGCAGUGGGGUCUUGCACUGACCGAGAACUUCAGCGACUGCCACAUCAAGCAAGCCAUGUUGCCACUCAUGCUUAAAUCUGAAAGCCGUCUGACUUGGCCUACUGAUGUCGGCAUCACCUUCACAUGCCGGGCACAAACGAUUACAGUAGAACAGGCCCAGAACAUCCAGCUGGAAGUGAAUAAAUCAGAGAGGAAGACGAAUGUCCUGCAUUGCGGAGCCAAGCGGGAACUGGGUUACGACCGAGGAGUCGCCAGCUGCCAGGGCGGGGCUCGGCGGUGGCCUCGAGGGGUCCGCGCGCGGUGGAGGGAGUCGGGCGGAGGCAAGGCGAGAGGGCGUGAGAGCAAAGCGCACGCCUCCCGUCCUCGAGCGGCGCCGGCGGCGCCGAAGCCCUCUCGCCGUCGUCCUUUUUCGGCCCCCGCGGCGAAGGCCCGCAGAGCCCAGGGGCAGGGCCGAGAGCCAGGUGCCAGCCGGGUCCGUGGGGCCCUGACCCCGGGAAGGGGCGACGAGGCGCGGCCGAGCGGGUGGCCGCUGCCCCCCGGGACGCUGCCACCUCCCCACCCCUUCCGUCUCGCCCGCGGCCUUCGGCCUCGCAUCCCGGACCCACGGGGGACUGGCCCCGGGGACGGGGAGGAGACGCGCCGGGCACCCAGACGCGCGGCGGCGCCGCCGGGUGGGCGCCGGGGCGCGCCGUGCGAACGCGAGGCGUCGGGCAGCGCGGCCCUACCUGGGGGGGUGCGGAGCCUCGGCCGCGCUCCGCCGCCGCUCGCCGCCUCCCGCCGGCGGCGGGCCUCCCCGGCGCCCUCCCUGGGCUGGCGGCGCGCGCUCCCCUCCCCGCCCCCCGAGGACUCGCUCUCGGGAGCUAAGCCGGAUCUGCCCGCUUGCCCGCGGCCUUCCCUAACGACACGAAAGCCCUUCGUCCGGCUCCCGCUUCCCGAGCUUCGAAAACGUAAAAGCCCGCAGGAAAUCACCCCGUCUUCGCCUGCUCACUCCGGGCCCCGGGGAAACAGCGCGGCUCCGACUCCCCCGGGUCUGAGCCACAGCUCGUCACCUACCCGGGUUCAUCUCUGCGCCCGCUGGCCAAAGGCCCCAAGUGGCCACGGGCACAGCUUCUUGCUGGGCUAG